ACAUUUCAUUGUUACACGGUGAGAACGUACACAUUCAGCAUGGCGUUAGAGAGGAUCAAAAGUUGUCUGCUAAAUAGUUUUUUGUAGCAAGCUGUAAAAUCAUUGAUAUUGUUAUUUUUAUCAUAUAAGUUUGGUAAAACAUUAUCUUGAUUCGUCUGUUCAAAUUUAGCGUGUUUAGAGUGUAGCUAAAGCAUCGUGGAAAGAGAGGUUGCAUAUGCUCUGUAUCUUACAAUACGAGAUAAUUUUUUAUUAGAUAUUAACCAUGUCAGCGAUUGUAUCAACAAGUAAUAGCCACAGACAGAAGCCCAAAGGUGAAAAGAAAAAUAAGACGGCUAAAAAGAAAAAGAAAGAAUACUGGAUUAAAUGCUACAAGAAAAAACCUCAAGAAAAGCAACAACAGAAAAGCCCUACAGCCAGCCAGAUAUUGCCACCAGUUGAUGCUCAGCUUUUUUCUGCCAACUGGAAAACAUUACAAGAGAUGUUAAAGAACCAGCCAGAGAAACCACAGCGACAGAAUGGCACUGUACCUAACGAGAAGUCUACAAAAACUUCUACUAUUAAUGACAAAGGGAUGCAACAGAAAAAGGACUUUGUGAAACCCGUGAAGAAGACUGUUAAGGACAGUUCUGCUGAAGAGCCAAAUGUGAACGAUGCUCAUGUUCGCAAGACCAAUACACCCUGCAGUACUACAAAGAAAAGAAAACUGGACUUAAAAAAUACACAGGACAAAAAACAAGAAGCAAAAAAACUAAAAUCUGAGACAAAAACAAACAAGCCCACAGAAGAGGACAUCUGGUUUGAUGAUGUUGACCCUGAUGACAUCGAGGCGACGGUGGGAGCAGAAGCAGCAGAAAUCAUGAGAAAGAAAAUGGGAAUUCACCAGAGUAAGGAUGUGGAGAAUGCGCUGGUCAAAGAGAAGGCAUUUGAAGGCCUCACAAAAGCUGUAGCGAUUGACUGUGAGAUGGUUGGAGUUGGCCCAGAUGGAGAGGAAAGUAUCUUGGCUCGUGUUUCUCUCGUGAAUCAGUUUGGAAAAUGUAUUUAUGACAAGUAUGUGAAACCAACCGAAAAAGUUACCGACUACAGAACACAUGUCAGUGGGAUACGGCCAGAGGACAUCAAAAAUGGUGAGGAUAUAGACACAGUGCGCAAAGAGGUUGCUGAAAUCCUGCAAAGCCGAAUUGUUGUUGGACAUGCCAUCCACAAUGACCUGAAGAUUCUACUUUUGGAUCAUCCGAAAAAGAAAAUCAGGGAUACACAGAAGUAUGAGCCCUUUAAGAAAAUGGCAAAGAGUCGGCGUCCAGCGCUGAGAGUGCUCUGUAAAGAAGUUCUAAAUGUUAAAAUCCAACAAGGCGAACACUCAUCUGUUCAUGAUGCACAGGCCACUAUGCGACUUUACACAACAGUAAAGAAGCAGUGGGAAGCACAGAUCAAGGCAGGUAUAAAGAACAAAGACUCAGAGAAAAAGAGGAGGAGACAACCUGCUCUGGGCAAAACCAAGACUGUGAGGACAGGCCUCCCACCCUGACUGAAGGUGACGCUUGGACUCUCAACAGUGUGCUUGCUUUGCUAGAAAAGACUACAGUGGCCCCACAAAUACACUUCUGCAUAGCCUAAAAACUGGUUGGGUAAUACCUUUUGGAAUGCACACUAUUUUAGUUAUAAAGGACAUUGUUACUCCAAAGAAUGCAAUCAUAAUUUUUAUUUAUAACCAUACCAUAACUAAAACAUACUCUAAACAGAAACCACAAAAAUCUUUUCUUUUAAAAUCAAGAUAAUAUUAUUUGAUGUCCUGUAAAACAUGAGCCAUACUUUUUAAUGUAUAUGUUACACAUGUAACAUGUACUGUCACAUCUUUGUUUUCUACCAACUGUUCAGGAUUGCUUAUAAAAUUGUGACAAAUACAUGUUUUACAAAGGCUUGUGAAUUAUUUCAGCACCUCAGUUUAUUUUUUAAAAAUAUACUUGUAAUUUACAUACACUCAAAAACAGAAUGUGGAGUAUAAGUUGUGUGGGCAGAGACCCAGGCUGUGACUAUGACAGUGCUGUAGAUGCAGUGAGAGAUUGCUGCUGCAGCCACUGUGUGCCCAGGGAGUGUUGCUGUGAUUUGUGCUUCAUGAAUGUGCCCUACAGACUGUAAAUAAUGCUUCAUUUGAAGGCACCAAGCAAACCAGAACUCUGUGAUCCAUGUGAUACGGCCAUUAGAGGUCACAUAGUUUCAUAAUAAAACUAAAAAUGUUGUGAGCACAUGUUUUAAUAUCUUUUCUCUAAACCUUUUGUUACUCAAGAAGACCAUAAUUCACAGCUGAAAGUAACAGUUCCCUUUUUGAGAUACUUUGUCAGUAUGGUUUUGUACUCGGAAGCAGAUGUACACUGUGCCCUACUUUGGAGAAAGGAAACCCACUUGGUGUGGACUCCAGCCUCGAAAUUAGGCCAUUCACAAGGAGCACUGUACUGUAGCACAUCAAAUGAAGGCAACCACUAGAGCUUAGCUUUUUUGGACAAUAAUAUGAAUAUAUUUCAAGUCCUGGAAGCUUUAGAAAUUACCAAAGAGUGAAGUAUUUUUUGAUCAACAAUAGUUGUUGGCUCCCUCUAGUGACCAUAUAUAGUGUUCAUUGUAGAAUUAUAAUAAAAUGUAAAAUGAAUAAUCUAGUCAUCUAAAACAGGUCUAUAUUUUACCUAAGACAUGUAUAUUUAUUUUUAGUAACUAAAUUGAUCACCUUUUCAGAGUGGAAAAGUAAAUCCAGGAAAUUCCAAAUAUUUGACUGUGUCCCCCUGUGUCCCCCUGCACAUUUUUCUGUAGUAGAAAGUUCAUGAUAUAACUGCAGCCACAAUUCAUCAGAUGGCAAAUCCAUUCAGUGCCAGAUGUUCUGUGAGAAGAUACGCAGUGCUGCCUAUUUGAUUUGAUUCCUUAGGCCAAAUUGAGUUUUUACCUACAUAAACCUUACAUUUACUUUCCAGACAGUAUGGCUUUAAUAAUGUGAUAAAUAAAUAAUUUAUUUUUCUUUACAUUGACUUAUCUAUCAACUUACCUACUUAGUGUUGUAGGAAAGACACUUUGCAGUUUUGAACAUGUAUUAACAAAUGAUUCUUUCCAUAUGCUGAAAAACCUUUCUUUGACUGCCAGUGAUGGACCUGACAUGGCCCUAAAAAUGAAGUUGCAUCAAGUCAUUUAACAAAGCUUAGACUGUAAUUGGAGGCAUUACCACUGCUGCUGAGCAUGAUACUUUUCUUGUAAUUUAAUAAAAUGUAGCUCACAGUCUUCCAUACCCCAGCACACUGUCUGUCUGAAUGAUCAGAGUCAAUAUUGACAUUUACUGCUUGGUCUGUGGCACACAGCACCUCUCCAGGGCUUGAUUUGUGCACAUGCACUCACUUAUUUCAUGGGUACAGCCCAGUGGCCUGAAGCACCAUAAAACACUCGGCUCAAGAUCACUCUGCACGUUUCAUCUGUGAAUGAUGUUUUUCAUUCUUGAAAUGUUAGGAGCAAAUCAGUGUACAGUGGUUUUCCAUUAGUGAUGGACAGCAUCAAUAAAGACUAUUGAAC